GGUGUAACACAAUUCUGCCCAAGGGGGGGGCUUAUACCUGGGGAGUUUAGGUUUUGGGGGUUCAGACUUAUCUCUGUCCCUUUACAGAUAUCUGACUUGGGUCUCACACUCGCCCAUCUCCUACACAGGCGGCUGACUCUCUCUCAUCUCUUUGAAGUGUUUAUUCUUUUAGAGAACCCCUGUACCCCUGAAUUGUCUAAUCUAGAAGUCACCCUAUUAACCCUUGCAAGUGAAAUUUUAGGGAGACCCCUGAAUUGUCCUUUUGGGGGGUUGAAAUUUCUGGGUAAAGGGCAGAACUGCUCCUCUCACAUUUCUCUGUCUCCCACAGUUCAGCAGGCGGGCCCCUAGCCCAUGUGGCCCCGGCACUCUCUGGGGAAUGGACUUAUCACGGGGCCCCGCGCUCCUCCAUGGCCUCUUUGUACUGUGCGCAGUGCUGAGUGCAGGUGUGGCUCGCCAGGUGCCUAUCUCGGCCCAGGUGGGUGCCAGUGCCAUCCUGCCAUGUGACGUGCCCACGCCCAGCGACUCGCAGUGGGAAACCCUUCGUCUGUUUGUCCAGAGACAGAAUCAUGGCGACCGCGAGACGGUUGUGUUUUCCUUCUCGGAAAACGCGGAGCAAACGGGGCACCAAACCCCGCGGUAUAGAAACCGCACCCACCUGUUCCGCCAUAAUGCCAGCCUCUCCCUGUCCCACAUCCACCCCUGGGACGAGGGGCAAUACGUGUGCCAUGUCUUCCUGAGGGACAAGGGGGAAUAUCAGCCCCCCCUAACAACCAAGCUGAGUCUCUCUGUCUGGGCUGAUUUCUCUAAGCCAAUGAUAGAGGAGAGAGACGGGGAGGCUGAGUGCGUGUCGGUGGGGGGGUUCCCCGAAGGCCGGUUGUCCUGGACACUCGCACCCCCCGCCCGUACUGAGUGGGCAAACACCAGUGGGGAGCGACACCCACAGACCAGGCUGUACAAUGUCAGUGCGCGGAUUCCACUAGAUACCUCCGUGGGGGGCAGAGUGACCUGCUGUGUGCACUACGCUGGGGGGCAGUUGUGCAGUGACCCCUGGGAUGUUCCGCCUAAUGGGGAGCGAUCGCCCCACAAUCAGGCACCCUCAUGGGGGGGAGCUCAUUGGACCUGGUACCUCAGCCUCACUUUGGGUCUAGCAGCCUCUCAUUCGCUCAGCUGAAUACACAGGAGCCUGUGAGACGGGAUUGGUUGUUAUGUUCCAGUAACAGGGUCCCAUUCUUAUGGCCUCUGUGAGGCAAUGAACCAGAUAUGCCCCGAAUACGCCCCGGAUAUGCCCCAGAUACGCCCAGAUACCCCCCGGAUAUGCCUGGAUACACCCAGGAUACGCCCGGAUACGCCCUGGAUACGCCCCGGAUAUGCCUGGAUACGCCCAGGAUACACCCGGAUACGCCCUGGAUACGCCCUGGAUAUGCCAGGAUACGCCCUGGAUACGCCCCGGAUACGCCCGGAUACGCCCAGGAUACGCCCUUGAUACACCCGGAUAUGGCUAUUCAGCCGGUGGCACCCACUACAGCUAAACUUAUAUUUAUGUUGGAUUAGGGUGACAGGUUAAACAAAGUAAAGGGUAAUUACUAUGAAGCCAACAUGGAUCUCCCACCCCAGGGACACUGCUGGGACAGGGAAAAGAAUCCCGGGGGGCCGGGGAGUUGCAAAGUGACUGCCCAAUUGCACAGGGGCCUUCUGUUCCCAGCACCUCCCCUUGCGUCCACUACUCCUGGGAUCCUGGGGUGCAGGACACUCUCCCAGCUGCUAAAGUUUGGGGGGCGCCUAGGAGACCAUAAGAGAGAGAGAGAGAGGUUUUUCUUCCUACACUGGAUAUGAUUGGUUCCAUCGUUCAUUUGGCCCAGUCCAAGUCACAAUGAAGCCCAUUGGUUACUGCACUACCCCAACCAUGUAACCUCCAAUAGCAAAGCACCUGUUACCUGUUGUCAUAGCGACAGAAUAAAGUCUUAUAUUUUUUAUAAAA